ACUCCCUCCGCCAUGUUGCUUUCCUUCCGUUGUUCUCUUUAGCAAAGCUGUAAGUUUUUCGCUCGGAAGUUUCUCUUAAAAGUUUGUUUCUUAAACAUUUGAAAUAAGUCAAUCGAUUUCUAGGUUCCAAUAUUUGACAUUGUUCACAGCUAGGUAAGCACAUCUAUCCUAUCUCUUUUACCGGUGGUUGAUGACUAAAUUUUAUUGAGGAAAUCGAAAUCUUCAAAGUAGAGUACUUUAUCUAUCCUUCAGUUUGUCAAAUAGUCUAUAUCUUAAGCUAAUAAUUUCUUCCUCAGAUAUCCAAGAUGUCGAAGAAUAAGGCACAACCUCCAUCUGUUGUACAUAAAGUUAUUAUGGUAGGCUCAGGAGGCGUUGGAAAAAGUGCUCUGACUCUACAGUUUAUGUAUGAAGAGUUUGUGGAAGACUACGAACCUACCAAAGCGGAUUCGUACAGGAAAAAAGUUGUAUUGGAUAGUGAAGAAGUUCAAAUUGAUAUUCUGGAUACUGCUGGUCAAGAAGAUUAUGCAGCUAUUAGGGACAAUUAUUUUCGCUCUGGAGAAGGAUUUCUCUGUGUCUUUUCAAUAACAGAGUUGGACAGUUUUCAACAAACAGUGGAAUUUAGGGAACAAAUUUUACGGGUGAAACAAUCUGACGAGAACAUUCCAUUCGUUCUAGUUGGGAACAAAGAAGACCUAAAUGAUAAAAGAGUUGUAACAAUUGAGGCAGCUGAAGAAAGAGCAAGACAAUGGGGAGUCAACUACGUUGAAACUUCUGCCAAAACAAAACAUAAUGUUGACAAGAGCUUCUUCACGUUGUUGAGGCUUAUUAGAGAUAAGAAACUUCAAGAGGCGGCGCUGAACACUCAAACGAACAAGAAGAAAGACAAGAAACGAAGAUGCGUUGUUUUAUGA